AUGCACGUCGGGGCGCAGACGACGGCCCGCGCCGCCCGGAACGCCGAGCACGCGGCAUCUGCCGGCGUCGAGGCGAUAUGCGCCGUACCGCCCUUCUUCGGCCACCUCGGAGACGAGGGUGUAGCCGACUACUACAGGACCGUCGCGGCGGCGGCCGACCUGCCCCUCUUCGCCUACAACCUCCCCCAGGCGACGGGUGUGGAGCUCACGCCCGACCUCAUGAAACCGCUGCAGGACAAAGUGCCACAGCUCACCGGACUCAAGCACUCGGGCUACGACAUGAACAACGUCUACCUGUUCGCAAAGAUGGGCCUGCGUGUCUUCACCGGCAUGGGGAGGUUGAUGCUGCCGGGCCUGACGGUCGGCGCAGCCGGGUGCGUGGAUGGUCCGCCCUGCCUGGCUCCCGAGCUAUGGGUAGCUAUAUGGGACGCCUACAAGGCUCGUGAUCUCGACCGUGCCGAAGAGGCGCAGGCCAGGGCCAGCGAGGAGAGGACAGUGGCCAGAUACACCGAGCUGAAGCACCAACUUGGCGUCACGUCAGCCGCGGGACUAGAAACGCUCAGGCGGUUCGGCCUGAAUACCGAAGCGUCAAUGGCCGACGACAUCGACGAGAUGGACGAGCUCGCCGAAGUCUUGGUCAGCGCCCACGCGCCCGCCGUGGUCGACGACGUGCGACUCAACAUCGCCGCGCCCGACGCCGACUUUCGGAAGAUGUCGCUCGAGGUCAUCGUUGACUACAUAGCCAGGGCGGCCAGGUACCCGAACGUCAAACAGAUCAACAUGCACUUCGCGCCCAAGCGCUGGAGCGACGCCGCUCAGACGGUGGGGCGAGAGGGGACGUACGACCUGCUCAUAGGCGGGAUCCGCCAGGUAGCGGCGUUCUGCGAGCGGCACGACCUGGAGCUCGUCCUCGAGAACCUAAACUCCUACUGGAGCGACGACAUCAAGGAAACUCCGUACGGUGAAGUCGACUGGUCCAGCCGCAAUCAGUACUUUGGCAUGGCGCCGGAGGAGUGGCAGCAGAUUGUCAUCGACGUCGACUGCGCCAACGUCGGCCUCUGCCUCGACUCGAGCCACGUCGUCACCUACUCGCACCGCUUCCCAGAAGAGCGGCGUGAGGAGCGCGUCCUGGCCUUCCUCUCGCGCCCCGAGCUCAUCCGCCACGUCCACUGGAACGACAACUACCUGUACGACGCCCGGGGACGAGACGACUCACACGCCCCGCUCGACAGGGGCUCCCUCCCGACGGAGAUGCACCGGCGCAUCAAGUACCUCGACGCGACCCUGCUCCUCGAGCACUUCUACGACGUGGAGGUGCUCGAAGAGGAGCUGGCGUUCAUCGACAGCCUGUAA